AUGGGUAAGAAAAACACAAAGGGUGGUAAAAAGGGUAGAAGAGGUAAGAACGAAACCGAAGGCCCAAAGCGUGAAUUGAUUUAUAAAGAUGAAGAUCAGGAAUAUGCCCAAAUUACUAAGAUGUUAGGUAAUGGUAGAGUGGAGGCAUCAUGUUUUGAUGGUGUCAAAAGAAUUGCUCAUAUUAGAGGUAAACUAAGAAAAAAAGUUUGGAUGGCACAGGGUGAUAUGAUUUUGGUCGCAUUAAGAGAUUUCCAAGAUAACCAAUGUGAUGUGGUUCAUAAAUAUAAUUUGGAUGAAGCUAGAACUUUGAAGAGUCAAGGUGAACUACCAGAGAAUGCCAAGAUUUACGAAACCGAUAACUUUGGGUUUGAUAGUGAUGAAGAUGUUAACUUUGAAUUUGGUGCUGAGAAUGACGAUGAAGAUGAAGAAGAUGAUGAAUUAGAUAUCGAUGAUAUUUGA